GGAAGGGGUCCCUGGAGCUGGAUUGGAGCCUUAGGGUCCCUUCCAGCUGCAGACCUGACGCAGGGAUGAUGGGCUCCCCUUGGGAAACAGCAGGAAUGUGAUGGGAUUAAGGGAUGUUAUCCAGGGAUGAAUGUGGGAAUCUGCUCCCUGGAUCCACAUGAACCUUCCCUGCUUAUCCCAACCUCCAUGAUCCCUUCUCCCCUUCCCCACAGAGACCCCCAGGGCAGGGGCAGGGGCUGGCUCAGCCCAGCGGCUCCCAUGCGAGCCCAAUGGACGCGAUCCCGAGCGCCGGCAUCAAGAGGAAGUUCGAGGAUGCGGAUGUGGGAUCAGCCGGAUCCAACUCGGAUGAUGAGAUCUCCAACAGUGACAGUGCCGACAGCUGUGACAGUGUCAACCCCAGCUGCUCCAGCGCCUUCCGACCCACAUCCAUCCUGAGGCGGCAGAACCCCCCGCGGAGGAAGAACGUGCGCUUCGACCAGGUGACAGUGUACUACUUUGCUCGGCGCCAGGGCUUCACCAGUGUUCCCAGUCAGGGCGGCAGCUCACUGGGCAUGGCCCCACGGCACACCUGGGUGCGCAGGUACACCCUGGGGGAGUUCGCACAGGAGCAGGAGGUCAACCACAGGCAGAUCCUGAGGGAGCAUCUCAAGGAGGAGAAGCUGCAGGCCAAGAAGAUGAAGCUCACCAAGAACGGGACAGUGGAGUCAGAGGAAGCCGAAGGUCUGACCCUCGAGGACGUCUCCGACGACGACAUCGACGUGUCCAACAUGGAGCUGGACGAUUACUUCUUCCUGCAGCCGCUACCCACCAAGCGGCGCCGCGCUCUGCUGCGCGCAGCGGGUGUGCAGCGCAUUGACGCCGAGGAGAAGCAGGAGCUGCGCGCCAUCCGCCUGUCGCGGGAGGACUGCGGCUGUGACUGCCGCCUGUACUGCGAGCCGGAGCUGUGCGCCUGUAGCCAGGCGGGGAUCAAGUGUCAGGUGGACCGAAUGUCCUUCCCAUGCGGCUGCUCCCGGGAUGGCUGCGGGAACAUGGCCGGACGCAUCGAGUUCAACCCCAUCCGCGUGCGGACUCACUACCUCCACACCAUCAUGAAGCUGGAGCUGGAGAACAAGCGCCAGGGGGGGAGGCCUCCGGCGCCGGAGGAGGCUCCAUCCGGCACCACGUGGCAACCCGGAGAGACCCAGGACUUCCAGGAGUUCAUGGCAGAGAAUGAAUCGGCUGUAAUGCACCUGCAGACAGCUGAGGAGCUGGAGAGGCUGAAGGCUGAGGAAGACUCCAGCACCGGCUCCGGCGCCGACGCUUUGGGUGUGUGCAUCGUGGAGGAGCCUCUGGCUGUGCCCCAGGGGCUGUGUCCGGCUCUGCCUGCUCCCAUCCUCAUCCAGACCCAGUUACCUCCCGGCUCGUCCGUCCUGUGCUUCGCCCAGGGCUCAGAGCCGGCGCCGGAGCAGCCCUACUUGAACCAUGGCUCUGUGCUCUAUGUGGAGGCGAGGCCGGGAGGCAGGAGCGAGGCUGCCCCCCCCGAGCCUCCAGCACCAUCCUGCCUGGCCCACAAGGAGCUCAGCACCCAAAGCGGGUGCCUUAUGGCCGGCAAGGGGGACGCAACCAAACCCCCUCCGUGUCCCCCCCCCGCGGCUCCGGCAUCCCCGGUGCCAAUGGAGCCGCCGGUGUGAGCGAGGCCCCCCCCUCGGUGCUCCGUUAUUUAUUGACAAUAAGAGUUUAUGGACCAGC